AUGACCAGGACAGCUAUCGUGGUGGGCGGCUCAUUAGCCGGCCUAAUGCACGGCAUAAUCCUCAAAGAAAACGGAUUCAAGGUCCAAGUCCUGGAACGCAGCGCGCCUGAAGUUCUGGACAGCGAGGCGGCGGGAAUACGCGCAGGGCCCGAGGUUCAUGACUUCAUCGAGCAGCAUGUUCGGCCUUCGUUCGAUUACGCAGUCACCGCGGAAAAGGCCGAAAUUGUGGACGGCGAUGGCAACGUUGUUGAUGAGCUUCCGUUUCCGGAUCCGUUGAGAUUGACGACUUGGAAGAUUAUUUAUGAUAUGCUCAAGGGCGCGCUACUAGAGGCUGUCAAUGGACAGCAAGUCGCGACAUACGAAACUCGUCAGAUGGUCCAGGACGUUCAGCUAGUUGGUGAAAAGGUCGAGGUAAAGGUUUUGGACCUGGAAAAAGCCACGUCGACGUCAAUCGAAGGCGAUCUGGUCAUUGCAGCAGACGGAGCGCAUUCCGCAAUCCGCAAAAAGCUUUGUCCCGAAGUGAAACCCCAGUAUGCCGGAUAUGUCACCUGGCGCGGUCGCGUUCCCGAGACAGCUGUAUCUCCACAGACCAGAGAAGCCUUGCGAAACCGAUGCAUGAUCCUACGCGUCGAGGGCGGCUACCAGAUAUCGUACUACGUCCCCAGCGACGCCGACCCAAAGUCUUCGCGGCGAGACUUCGUCUGGAUCUGGUACGACAAUCUGGUACCGGACUCACAAGAAUUCACCGAGACUAUGACCGACGUCGAUGGAAAAUUGCGCCACAGUACCAUUCCACGGGGGAAAAUGGACCCGAUAGUAUGGCAGCGUGCCGUCGCUCGUAAGAGUACAGUCGUAAACCCGCACUUCAUUCACCUGAUGGAAUCUAUCACCGAGCCCUUCGUCACAGCCAUCAGCGACUUCGCGGGCCAGCGCUCCGUCUUCUUCGACGGGAGGUUGCUGCUGGUAGGUGAUGCGUUCACGCUUUGUCGGCCGCAUGGGGGUGGGAGUACGAGCCAGGCGGCGUUUCGGGCGCAGACGCUUGACAAGACUUUACGGGGAGAGAUAACACUGGAGCAAUGGGAGGAGACCUGUUUGGCCGAGGCGAAAAAGGCUGCCAUGUUUAGUUUGGCUAUGGCGGAGUUCUUUUGGAGGGGGAAGGUGGAGAAAGCGGAGAGUGAGGCGGGAGGAGCGAAGUAG